CGACCUUCUUUCUUCGUCUGCCAACACCGCUUUUGUCCCUCCUUCCGAAGGCCGUCCGACCAGCCCAGCAGACCAUCCAAUCCAACCGCACCCCACCUGCAUCUCCACCCGCCUAUGUUUGGGUGCGCUAUUGCCGCCUUGGAAAAUGACUCUGGAGUGGCCCAUAUCUGGCCCUUGAUGAGCGGGCUCCCAGGCUCCCAGGCUCCCAGGCACCUCGCCAAUGCGCACGACGUCACGCCCCCAGCCUGCAUCCGCCGCCGUGACUUGUGAGGCUCCAUCGCCGGCCAAACGCUGCAGGAAGUGCCGGCUCCAUCCCGGCCGUCUAACGCGAGGUCUGCUGCCUUCCGCUCGCCAGUUCCACGCCCCGGCUGGUCGUCGAACGUGCCCGUGCUGGACCAGAGUUCGGAUCACCUGUCGUGCGCCUCGUGGGCAGCGCGGCCUCGUCGUGGUGACUUGCUGGAAAACAACAACGGCAAACUUUUGACACGUCUGUGCGCCGACACGGGGACGCUUGUUCCAACCCUGGCUCCCUGGCUGUUCUGUUGCGGGCCGGCCUCACUCUAUCGCUGCUACUGUUGCUGCUACAUACCCCUCCGCGCCGGGGUGGGCUUUCUUGUCAACCGUGACGUCCAGUUCGCAUCACACGCGCUUGCCUUCCGGCAACAGUUGUACGCGGAUAGGGGGUUCCUUGAACGUAUAUCUACCGAUCCGCCUCCCUACUCGACUCCUCGCUCGAUUGCAUUUCGAGAGCACAGCGUCUGGAAGCAGGUACGCGGGACUGAUUUUUUUCCACUCCUGUCUGCUCUUGUGUAAUCCUCGUCCAUAGCCCAGUCUCAGCAAAAAGCCUCAGCGCAAGGAGAGCACCUCUGACGCGUCCUCCAACCAACCACCGGUAUGCUUCCCCAGCUCCUGCUGGCGGCUGUGGCUGUCCCGACAUGCCUAGCGAUGGCGACCCCGGUCCGGAAUCCUGAACUGGGCGCCAGGGCCGACACCCCUAGCUGGCACCAACAUGUCAGGGCGUCGGAUUCGCGCACCAUACGUCCCCGGGCAAUCGUGGCAAGUCGCAAUGCCGGCAACGUGUCAAGCCCGGAUGGCCUCAUCACGGGCAAGACCCCAACCGUGCUCUCGCGCCUUGGCCCCGCUGAGGAGAAGCCGUCCAUUGUGGUCGAUUUCGGCCAGAACACAGUGGGAAUCUUGUCUAUCCAAUUCGGGGGAUCCUCGACCGUCAACGGUAGCAGCAGCGCUCGCCCGGGUCUGAAGCUCGCAUUCUCCGAGACUUUGCAGUUCCUGACCGACAGGAGCGACUUCACUCGUUCCGAUCACGCAUCGGGGGACCAGAAGUUCACCCAGGGAACCGACCAGAUUUCGGUGCGGCAGGAGCCCUACGAAUACGUCAAUAAUAUUGGCUGCCAGCACGACAGGAAGGUGUGUUCCGACGGCCUCCACGGAUUCCGCUAUGUCAGAAUUUGGCUCGACGCCCUAGACUCGGACGCGCCGUACACCACCUCGUUCGGCACCGUAUCCAUCGUGUCUAUGAAGCUGGAGCUGUCUGCUUUCCAUGGCACGCCGGACACGUUCCGCGGAAACUUUGAGUGUUCCGACUCUGCCAUCACCCAGUGGUGGUACGACGCCGUUUACACCAACGACCUCUGCAUCGACACUUUCCGUCUCAACGAUACGGAGCCGCGAGACGGAGGCAGCCCUACCCUUGCGGGGAAGCUGGUUCUUCACGACGGGCCCAAGCGCGAUCGCGACCCCUACGUGGGGGACUUGGCAGUCUCGGCCCUUACCGCCUACCUCUCGCACGACGUGGCGGAAUCGGCCAGUAACGUACUUGAGGACCUCGCUUUGCACCAGCGGAGCGACGGCUGGAUCCCGCCAGCGAGCAUUGGGAACUACGGCCUGCAGCUGUUCGACUACCCGCUCUGGUGGGUUGUGUGCAGCUGCGAUUAUGUGCUAUACACUGGGAACGGCACGUUUCUGCAGAACCUCUGGCCCAACCUGGUCAAGGUUCUUGAUGGCUUCUACCCGGGGGUCACCAACGCAGCGACUGGGCUCAUCGAGCGCAAGGGCUAUGGUGACUUUGCCUUCAUCCCGCGCGAGGGGGCUGUGACGUACUACAACGCUCUCUACGUCCGCGCUCUCAACUAUGCUGCCGACAUGGCCGAGCAGCUGGGUCACAGCAGUGAUGCGCCUCGCUGGCGCAGCCGGGCCACACAGGUGGGCGAUGCGCUUCUCAAGCGCAACUGGGACCGCAGUGUAGGCGCCUUUUACGAUGGCGGCCGCUGCGGCAACCAACAGCUCUGCCCCACGCACGGCCAGGAUGGAAACAGCCUGGCGAUCAUGACAGGCAUCGCCAAUACGACCACCCCCGCCGUGGGUGGCAACGGCAGCGUUGCCGAGUCGAUCCUCAGUUAUUUGGACCGUGCCCUCCGUCGGCCCUACGGCAACGCCUUUUUCGACACGGAUGAUUAUGGUGGCGGAUACUCGCAGCGCGUCUACGCCUUUAUAUCCUACUUCGAGAUCGAGGCGCGGUUCAAGGUGCCGUCGGCUGCGGACUCGGCCUAUGACGAGAUUCGCCGACUGUAUAGCGCCAUGGCAUCAGGCGACCCGGGCGUCACCUUCUGGGAGGGAAUCGGACCCGGCGCAUCACCGUACCAGGACGGUUUCACCUCCAUGUCCCACGGCUGGUCGACUGGAAUUGUGCCCUCGACCAUCAAUCAUGUCCUGGGGAUCAUGCCGACAAAGCCGGGCUUUGCCGAGUGGGAGGUCAAGCCCGUCAUGGGUGGGGGGCUGACAUGGGCCCGAGGCGUAGCGCCCACGCCCAACGGCGAGUUCGCUGUCUCUUGGACCACGACCGUUGAGGGUGGUGCCGACGCCGAGUUCCGCAUCCAGAUCUCGUCCCCGAGGGGCAGCAAGGGCACCAUCUCGGUGCCUGUAUCUGGCGCUGGGGUGACGGUCAAGCUUAACGGGCGGGACAUCUACAACGUAGGGGCUGAUGGGACACGGGAAGGCGCCAUUUAUAAGGACGGUCGUGUGUCGUUCGCCGUUGACGGUGGCAAGCAUGACGUUGUCGUCUUCCGCAAGGUCUGAAAGGGACAAGGGGGAAUCGAUGUGGCUUCAUACUUCGCCACUCGUAUCGAAGGGCCGUAUGUAGAGGGUGGGGGCUUGGAUAUGAUACGGCGUACCAGUCAAUACAUACUUUCCCAAUUUUUUUUUUCGGAAACGUCGCCUUAUUUUCUUGUCAAAAGGACGACCAAACUAGCCUCAG